AUGAUAGCUAAAACCGAACUCGAUCGAUUUCGAGCAUCGGUAGGCGAACUUAUGUCUGUACAUAGUUUCUUUUCAACGACUCCUGAUUAUUUGAUGUCUUAUGGAUUUACUCAUGCACGUGAAGGACUUGUAUCGGUCUUGUUUGAAAUUGAAAUGAGUACAAGUCUUAUAGAUGUCAAACCAUUUGCUGAUAUUUCGGAAUUAAGCUAUAUGCCAGGUGAGAAGGAGAUUCUGUUCGUUUUAGGUGCCAUCUUUCGCAUCGUUUCGAUCGAAGAUUAUCCAGAUAUGUAUUGGGUGAAAUUGCAAUUAUGUAGUGACAAUGAGACUGAACUUAAAUCUGUACUCGAUCGUUUGAGAAGUCGCAUUUCAGAAAAAACAUCUGUUGAGGAUUUUGCCAUUGUUUUAUAUGAAAUGGGCCUGCUAGAUAAAGCUAAAGAGACUUUUGAACAAAUGUUAACAAAAUGUCCAAGUAAUCAUCCAGAUAUGAUACGUAUCUAUCGAUUUCUUGGACAAAUUGCUGAUGAACAAGGUCAUUACGAUCAGGCUAUUGAUUUAUAUAAUCAAACAAUGGGUUUGGAAGAUGAACUAUUAUCUUCUGAGGAUCCAGAACGAGCAAAAACAUUCAAUAACCUAGCGUUAGUUUACAAAGCCAUAGGUGAACACAAUAAAGCCUCAACUUAUUUUGAAAAAGCUCUGGCUAUUUGGAAAAAUGCAGACGACGAACAUCGAGAAAACAUUGCCAGAUGUCUAAAUAAUUUAGGUAGUUUGUUUGGGCGUGAACAACCACGCAGGGCCCUCGACUAUUUCGAACAGGCAUUGGCUAUUCGUCGUCAAUUUUUACCAGCAAAUGAUGUCGAUAUAGCAGAAAACCUCGGCAAUAUUGGCGGUAUCCAUGGCAUAUUGGGAAAUUAUGAGCAAGCGUUAACGUAUGCCGAACAAACUUUAACCAUGCUCGCUAAUACACUUCCGUCUAUGAGUGCCAAGAUGGCUGAUGCAUACCGAAAUGUCGGAGUAGCACAUGCUAACUUAGGUGAUUAUCAGCAAGCAUUACAGUUCUAUCAUAAAGCAGCUGUUAUUAUCCGACAAAUAAUGGAAUCCGAUCAUCCAAGACGUUUGCAGAUCGAGCAAGAUAUAAGACGUAUGACAUUGAAAAGAGCGUAUGCUUCGUUUAAUGGACGAUUUGAUAGAGCGCUCGCACAUCUCUUAAGUGCUGACAUAACUAAACAAACUGACAUAUCGAAAGACAAUAAUAAAUAA